GAGCUAGAGAGAGAGAGAGGCGUCGAGGAAUGGGUGCGUUUUGGGGAACAAGGGUGAUGGAGAUAGUGAAGAAGCAUGAUUCGGGUGGGCUGAUUUGGAAGAGAAUCAAGCUUACCUCUACUCGUAAAGCCAAUGCCAAAACCCGCCUCCGUCGCGUUUGGCAGAAUGAAGCUGUUCUAAAGGCGUGUGGUGCAUCAGAUGCAUCCGGAGUUAGCAAGACAGAAAGCUGUACCAGUGCGGUUAAAAAUGAGUAAGGCGGAAGAUAAAGCGUAGUAAAUCUAUAAUGGUAGAUUAAGUCUUAUGUCUUUUGACCUGCUGUAACAAAAAUAAUGUUUGAACAUUGUGUUGUUGGGUUAUUGCUAUUUACAUGUUGAAUCUGCCACUAGUUUCAACAAGAAGU